AUGGCCAUCUUUCGUUCCUCCCCAAAACAUUUACUUCUUCUGCAUUUCUUCGUCUUCAUCAUCUCCGUCACAACUCAACCACUUCCUAGCCCGAGAGCCAACUUCUCAUCCUCUGCCAACUCGCUGAGCUCAUGCCCAUCAUAUGUCGCCUACAUCGCGCAAGGACCCGAAUUCAUCGACCUUGGAAGCAUCUCCGACCUGUUUGGUGUCUGCCGUUUAUCCAUCUCGCAGGCGAGCAACCUGGCUUCUGAAGAUGACCCUUUGUACCCCGGCCAGCUUUUGCUCAUUCCGAUCACGUGCGGCUGCAGUGGCAGCAGUUUCUUCGCCAACAUAACCUAUCAGAUCAAGAAAGGUGACAGUUACUUCCUGGUCUCGACGAAGGCAUUUGAGAACCUCACGAACUGGCAAGUCGAAGAGGAAAUGAACCCGGGGAUCAAUCCAACUCUCCUGAAGAUUGGAACCCAAGUCACUAUUCCUCUCUACUGUAAGUGCCCGGCAAAAGCGGACUCGGAGGCAGGCUUCAACUUUCUUGUUACUUAUGUAUGGCAGCCCGGAGAUGCACUUUCAUCAGUGGCCAAAAAGUUCAACGCGACACCUGGCGAUAUUGUUAAGGAAAACAAAGGAGUGAAUCUUACUGCGUCUGUCGGUCAUCCUGUCCUCAUACCAGUAUCACAAUUGCCAGCUCUUUCUCAACCACUGAAUGCUCCUCCGAAGAGAAAAGAAUCCAAGCAUGAGUGGGUUAUUGUAGCUUUAAGCAGUGUAGCAGCAGCUAUUUUGGUCACUGGGUUAGCGGUUUCGCUAGUCUAUGUUCGCCGUUUAAGGACUAAGAAACUCAUGAUCAGUCGAGACGUCGAGUUUGACGAGAAUGCUGCCUAA